CCUUUUGGUCGUUUGUGGCUGAAAAGUGAACAGAACAGAGGUGACGAGGCACCUCCUCUCACCUAAAGUUGGAUGAUAUUUACUCUUUAUAUUUACCCAGAUGAUCACGGAGUUUUUUGUGGCAACAAAUAUCUGCAAAUGGCGAAUACUCUGCUGCUUUUCUCUCCUUAAUUCUCAAAUUCCGUUGCAUUGAUUGGUUUCCACGUAAAACCAGAUCUGAUCGAAGAUGGAGGAUUUAUCCAUGGAUCUCUCUUUAAAUCUGAGCCCUCCAGCGGCGCCGCCUGACCUGCAGCUGGCCCUCACCUCAUCUCCAACGCCAACGCCAACGCCAGUGAAUGAACAGGAACAGGAACGGGAAGGCUCCAGAUCAUUCCCAUGGCCCCAUUUUUCUUUAAUCGGACAAGAAGAAGGCUCCGCCCCCUUUUCCGUCCCUCUUCCUGCAAAUCGUAUAAGAGGCGCCCUCCGCCGCCGAGUGAGGUCUGUCCCGGUUUUGGAUUCGGGCGCUCCGUCUUCGCGACUGCUUUGCACUGAAGCCGUUGAAUCCUACAAACAAGAUGCAGAGAAAAAAUAUGGCGAUGAUAAGAAGAGAAUUCACGAGAAUGGAAAUGAAAACAGAGAAGCGAGCGUAGAGACAGAGGAAAAAGCAAAUGCGAAUUUUGAAUGCAAUAUUUGUCUGGAGAUGGCGUCGGAGCCUGUGGUCACAUUGUGUGGGCACCUGUUUUGUUGGCCUUGCCUUUAUCAAUGGCUACACGAGUAUUCCUCUUGUAAAGAAUGCCCUGUCUGCAAAGGCGAGGUUACAGAUAACAAUAUAACGCCGAUUUACGGCAGAGGCGUAAAAGGAGGAAGCGAGGGUAAAGGGGGGCUUCCUCUUCCUCUCCCGCCCCGCCCUCACGCUCACAGGGUUGAGAGUGCAAGGCAAAGAGAGAGAUUUAGAGAUGGGGAAAGCGCUGCUUCUCUGUCCAGACGUGUGGAGGAAAUCAUUCGCGUGAGAAACGGGCGGAGGCUUCUCUUGCGCUUAAAUAGCAGUGAAAAUGGUAAUGAUCGCUUGUAUUCCGAGCAACAUGUGAGCCGUUUCAGGGCUACACGCCGCGCGCUGCAGCAGCAAACGGAUCAUGCUUUGGAAGAGCGCCUUCAUAUGCGCGAGCGUCUCUUUGGGCGGAGGCAUCCUUUACGAUUCUCAUCCACUGCUGCAACUGCGAUCGAGGAUGAGGAGGAAGAGGAAGAAGAGGGGCCAACGAGGCGGAGGAGAAGGGGUAUUGACGAGAGAGAAGCGUUUGGCGUGCUGGCAUUUGAUCGAAUGGCGGCUAUUCGAGCUCGCCUUGCAAGUAUGGAAGGUAUGUUACAAUCCUUUGCCACUAUAACUCCUCCACCUGAAGAGACGGAGUCCUUACCACUCCUCGUAAUUCCUUCCAUGAGUGGGAAUGAGGUUGGGGAAGGGGAAAGAAACGCGUCAUCAAGUAGUUCCUUUCUGUCUGACACAACAAGGGAUACACAAAGCGCGGGUGCUUCCGCAUUAGAUACGGAUACGGUUUCUCCUACAAGAAAAGUCCGGCGAAUCUAGCGAUUGGAGCCAUUACUUGCUUAUUUAUUCCAUUCUCCUUUCUUUUUACAAUCUUUGAAAAUUGCAGAGCUGCAGGAUUAUAAAUUUAUUGUUAAAUCAGAGUCAUACACAUCCUUUUGAACUGGCCUCAAGAUUUGCUUUCUUCAGCAUCUUGAUGCCAGCCAUCGUUUCUGCCACUAUAUGCAACCUUAGGUCAUAUCUUCUGCAGCGUUUGGAAAAUUGGCAACGAUCUCAUUAAUUGUGCCACCAUAAAAAACACCAUCUUUAUUGAUAUUCUGAUGUUCCCUAUAAUUUCAUAUGUAUUCAAUUUACUUGGAGCAAAUCUCCAAAAUUCUGUUCAA